UAUGAGCCAAACAAGAUGACAUGCAGUAUGUUUUCAGAUCACCAACAACUUCAGGAUAACACAGGCCUUCAGACUGUGCCUAAACUGUCGCAUGUGCGAAAAAAAAUAUUAAUUUAAGGUGAUAUUUUUGUGUAGGUCGCACCAGCGUCUAAUCUUUGUUUCUUUCACACUCUGCUGGCGUACCAAAGCCUGAUGAGGCAGCACUGGAAUCCGCACACGCAGAUCUCCUCAGAAAACUAUUUUAGCGCUUGUUAUUGACAAGUAGACACAUGAUGAGUCUGAGAAGUUCAGGGAAUGUAUCUGUUAUAAGACACCGCUGGAUCACUUCAAAUCCAUUCACAGCCAGAAUGAACAACAUAACAAAUUCUAUUGUUAAGUUUAAUUUGAAGUAAUCUUUACGUUGUGUUUGGAACAUGCAGAAAAGUGUCAUUAUUACAAACUAAAAUCAACAUAUUAGCGUAACAAACCAUUUCGUAAUACUAAAAGUAAAUAUAUAACUUACUUUAUCUUACAGUAUAAUAUAUAAAUCUGGUCUUUUUCGUUGGUUUAACUGAAUUCAGAGGGAUUUGAUCUGUUGUGUUCAGAGUUAAGUCAGUCUUAGCAGUAAUCAAUAACACUUCUCUGCCUCUUUAAAUGAGCAGAACCCGAUCUGAUGUCAUCUGCUGUAGAUGCAUAGACAUGCAGUAUUUAAAGACUAUUUAGACACAUUUACACAUAUUUAUAUUUCGCUACAAAUGUGAACACAUUUCAAACUAUCUGUGGAAUUCUGAAGAUUUUUCCCAAAUUUUGGGGUGGAAUGAACAAAAAGUCCUGUAUGUUCCAUAUGAACAACUUGAAAGAAAAGCUUUAUGAGCAAAACCUAUGAGAGGGAAGAUUUACACACAACAGGAUAACUAAAAGUAUAUAUUUUUUUAAUUUUUUUAAAACUUAUUUGGCGCCAUUGGCUCAUUAACUGAUAUUUGUGUCUGGAGCCCAGUGUACCAUACAUAUCACGAUGCAAGGUCGCGGUACAAUACAUCAGUCAAGACAGGUCAGUUUUUCAUUAGGUUUCUUUGAUCAGAAUUUCUUAACAGAAUUAUCUGUAUGCUCAGUUUUAAAAUGAUACUCCACCCAAAAAUGAAAUUCUGUCAGCAUUUACUCAACCUCACGCCGGCACACAUUCACUUCUAUUGUACGGACACAAAACCAAUGCCAGUGAAUGGGUGGCGGUUAACAACAGUUUUCUUUGUGUUCUGCGGAAAUGAGAAAGUCAUACAGGUUUGAAAUGACAAAAGGGUGAGUAAAUCAUGGUGGAAUUUUCAUUUUUGGGUGAACUAUCACUUAAGGAAACAUUUUCUGCUGGAGGAAAACAUGUUUAGUGGUUUAAGGGCGGGGUAACAUGCUAUGUCAUGCAUUCAGACUUCAUUACCCUGUUGAAAGUGCUGGCUUCUCAAGCUUAAUAUGGUUAUUAAAAAACAAGUUGGACGUAUAAUUUCUGUGCUUGAUACACUCCAGCACUCCAACUUGUUUCAGAAAGUUUUUUUAAGUCUGGAUCUCUGUUUCGUAACAGGGAUCCUAUUCCUUUUACUGGCCAUCUCCCAGAAAAGCACGGCAAAAGAAAGUCAAGAGGUUUUAUACAGGCUCAUUCAGUUCAAAAACAUUACAAAAUUUAUAUUUAUUUCUCUUAAGAAGAUAUUGUGUCACUUACCCAAUAUAACAGUUGCUUUUCUGAAAUAAAACCAGAAUAAAAACCUCCAGCCUCGGCUGAAAAAUGUGAUCUCUGAAGGACGCAUGCCUUGUUUUGGUCUUUUUUUUAACUUUAGAUCCUGUUUCUUAUACUAACCCCAGUAAUAAUAAAGUUGUUCAUAGUGUGUUAUAACUUUUGUGCGUUCAUUUUGAAUGUUGCACUAUGGCAGCUAUACGUUCACGCAACUCAAGUAACGAAAAACAAAUAUACUUUAUCAGUUAUUAUUAUACAGUUAUUUUAAGCACUCUUUAAAUAGAAAAAGACAAAAAAUAUUGUCUCUAAUGUCACAGAUUGUCGGCCUGAAACAACUGCUCUUUUUCAGCCUACUACUUAAACUGAGACAUUUAUUCAUAAGUUUAUUAUAAACUGAAAACAAUUAGGUUUACGAGACACAUUUAUGUCUGAGCGGGAUUUGGUUUUCGUAAUGUAAGUCGAGCAUUUGCUUGGUACAUGAGCGACUAAGCGAGACAUUGAGCGAAAUAUUGAGACACACCGCUCCGCUCACAUAGUCUGGUGUGAGUGGCUUGUGACCGUGUGUGCGUCCUCCUCUUGCGUGUUCACAAGCACUCUCUUCCGAUGAGCUCCACGUGUGUGCGCGAGCCCUCGCCCUCUCGUAUUUAACUGUCACUUGCAUUUAAAAUCAAAGAAGCGAUCGUAAUACAGCAACACAUUGUGGAGAAAGGGUAAACAGCGUAUAGCCACUCUUUAAUGUAGAUGUACUGUAUUGUGAUUUUGUCCAAUGAUGUUGUGUUUAUAAAUCAGGAUUUUAGCAGCGGUUAAAGUGACUGCUGGUGGCAUCCCGCCAUAAAAUACAGUUUAAUGUGACAGAUAAGAGAGUAGAAGAAGAAGAGAUAAGUGCUAACACUUACACAAUGCAAACACAAUGUGAUGACGACACACAUAUCCUAAGUAGUUUGUGACGUCACCAGCACCACAAGUUUGUCAAAAUCCUGUGGGAAACACUGUUGUGAUGAUGUGUUGUGUGCUCGUGCCUCCAGCAGCUCGUGCUCUUCUGGAAAUAAUGGUUCAGCUGUAUCUAUCUUUUAUAAAAGUGAUCAAACAAAAUAAUUUUCAAAGAUACGAUGUUGUACAGUGCUCAAGAGUAAUAUGAGAUUGGCAGAAACUGAGUGUAUCGCCCCAUCUUUAACAAACUCAAUCUUACAAAAUUUACAUUCUAAAUGCUUAUAAAUGUGGACAAUACGUUAAUCUUGAAGUUUGUAUGAAACACAUCUGCUUAGAAUGUUAAAGGAAGAAGGGGAUGUCUGUCAAGGUUUGAAAAGAUUGCAUCAUUAAAUGACUGAAGUUUACUAUAACUGAAGUAUUCAAAAUUAUAGGAGAGAUUUUAGCAGACUGUUUAAUGGACUAUUUUAUUUGGCAAACUUGUAUUACAAACGGAUUAGUCACUUUCAUCAGAUCAGGUAAUGUGUAAUAUGACAUUUUUUACAAUUUAAAGUAUUUACAUUAUGUAAUAAUCAUUUUUCCAUUAUCUAUUAUAAAAAAUUAAGACAGAAAUGUAUUUUAGAAAGUUCUUAAGAUGGUUGACAUCUUUCCGUGUACAGCUGAAUAAACUUAGCAUGCAGGCCCAGAGCCUUGGUCUAGCCCUCCAGGUGGUGGCCGUCUGACACCGAUGAAUCGGGACAGCACGCUCGACCUGGGGUACGUGGACAUAUCCCUUAGCUGCCCCAGUGUCAAGGGAAGUCAGGGCAACGUAGCUCGUUUGACGUGAAAGGGGCGUUCUAGGUCUUGGUGAGCUCCUCAUGCAUCUCCAGGAAAAAAGAUACCGGGUCGGAAACCGGGUCGGUUCUCAAGAUGCAGUCUCGACACAACCUCAAGAGACUGACAGAAAAGGAACUUUUCAGAAAAUUCUGAGACCGACAGAAGGCUGUAACAGAUUUGGAGAAGCCUGAGGGCGAACAAUUUGAUACUCAAAUAAUUUUUUUACAAACCUAACCGAAUGUUCAGAAAUCAUAUUUUAUCUGUCUAUUACUUGAGACAGCUCUGGAUCAUUUCAAAUCCGCUUACAACAAGAAGAAACGACGUAACGUUUUACGUGAAGUUAUAUUUACAUUGUGUUGUGAACAUGAAGAAACAACUCAUUUAUUACACACUAAACCUAUCUCAAGAACACAAGGCCAUUUUAUUUUCAUGUACAGCACUAUAAACAAUCAAAUAUAUACUACUUAAAAGUACGUAUAUCAUAAAUAUGGUCUUGACAUUAUUAGUUAGUUUAAAUGAAUUCAGAGUACUAAUUUGUUCUGGUGUAUUAAGAGUUAAACAGUGUCUGUAUUAUCAGAUCAGGCUCCUCUGAAUUCACUGCUUCUUUUGAACCAAGUGUGCUGUCACCUGAAGUUCAAUGCAUAGACAGGCAGCAUUCUAACACUGUUUGAACACAUUUACACACAUUUGUGGACAAAACCUUUCCUUUAGCUCAGUGGUUAGAGAAUGACAGUAGCGAUGCCACGGUCAUGGCUUGGAUCCCAGGGGAUUGCACAUAGUCAGAAAUGUAUAAUACAAUGCAAUGUAAAUCGCUUUGGAUAAAAGCAUCUGCCAAAUGCAUAAAUGCAAAAGCAAACACAUUUAAUGGAUGGGAGAAAAGGACUAUAUCCUGAAUCACACAAGCGAGUCGUCUGUCGUUUUCAUUUCAGUUCUGGGUCACUCCGUGUAAUACCCGAAUUCGUCCCAUUUGCGAAACUGCAUGCGGUAGGCCAAUCACAGCAGACUAGACCAUCUGACCAAUCAGAUCAGAGUAGGCUGACAGAAAGGAGUGGAUUAGACGGAUAAAUGGCCAAACGAAUCAUUUGAGAGUCAGUCAAGAGAAACCAAAGCAGGACCUUCAAAUCUAAAAACAUUUACUGUUUAAUGAUGGCGAAUGUGUGUCCUCCCGUUGGAAGCCACUUGCCCUUCUUUUAUUGUGGUCUGACGCCGACUCUGAUGAUCUGGUCCUGUAAAAUGGGAUCAUUCUGAUCCAGUUUCAACUUUCUAAACAACUGACCUCUGGAGAAUUGAACACAGACCAAGUGUCUAUGAAGAUGAAGGCUUUGAGACUAAUGUGAUGUCUGAUGUUUGAUGUCUCAGUGAUCUCACAGCCCAUCAAAGUCCCUCUGACAUCACUGCCGCUGACGGAGCAGAAAACCUAGCGUAUAAGCCUCAUCUCAGCAGGUCCAGUGUGGGUGAGGAUCUCCCUCAUGUAGACCCAACUGAAAAAGUGAGCAAUGCCUCUCGCUUCCUGAAAGAACAGGGAGGAAACACCAGUCCAGACGUGGAGGCGUCUGUGCCCUGUAAAGAUCAAGAUAUUCCCACCUUUGAUGAAUGGACUAAACUCAUGAUGGAGAAUGAAAAGAGUGAAAGCACACGUGUUUCUGUUGGAAAUCAUGGUGGUAAACAAGUUCAGCAGAUCUUCAGUAACUACGCUUCUGUGGAGUGUGGAGCAAAAAUACUGUCCUCAAAUCCUGAAGCAAAGAGUACUUCAGCUGUUCUGAUGGACAACAUGGACAUGUACAUGCUGAACCCCUGCAAUAACAAGAUAUGGUUCAUUGUUGAGCUGUGUCAGCCCAUUCAGGUGAAGCAGCUGGACAUCGCAAACUUUGAGAUCUUCUCCUCAAACCCCAGAGAUUUUCUGGUGUCCAUUAGCGACAGAUAUCCAACCAACAAAUGGGUGAAGUUGGGAAGGUUUCAUGCUCGGGACGAGCGGACAGUGCAGAGUUUCCCACUGAAUGAGCAGAUGUUUGCUAAACACACUAAGAUGUUCACCAAAUACAUGAAGGUGGAGUUGCUGUCUCAUUUCGGUUCUGAACAUUUCUGUCCUCUCAGUAUGGUCAGGGUUUUUGGCACCAGUAUGAUGGAGGAGUAUGAGAUGAACUCAUCUGACAGACAACACUUUCAUGAUGAUCCAGAUGACGAUCCGUCUCCUGAUUUUCUGCCAUUAGAUGAGAAAUCCUCCAGAAAUCUGAUUGGAUCUGCUAAAGAUGUUCUGCUCACGAUGGUGAACAACAUCGCUGCUAAUGUCCUCGGCGGCAGGGACGCAGGGAAUUGUUCCACUGAAGGUUUGAAUAAAUCAGAAGAACCUCCUCCACCCAAUGUAUCAGUGUCUGUGGUGUCUGAUGGACUCCAUGUGAAUGAGACUUCAGCGGAUCAUCCCAUCGUCCGUCUGCUGUCAGGUGACGAAGAGUCAGACCAAUCGUCUUGUGUGACUGUCUCUCAGAGGUCCUGUACACGUGCUCACUCUCUCUGGGAGUAUCUUCUACAGCGUAGCUUGUCUCGGUCCAUCGUUCAGAAACCCAUCUCAUCUUCUCCAGACACAAAACAAAACUUGGCCUCAAUCGCCGAGAAAUCUGCAGAAAACUCCCAAACCAAAUCCAGCCUGGAAUCCGCGUCUUCCAUUCUCCAGCCUUCAGAUCAUCUGCAUGCGUCCAGCGAGCUGACGCAUCCCGUGGAAGCUGAAGCUGCGUCUGUGAGCACUGAAGACAGUGUUGACCGGCUCACACCGGAGAAACCCGUCCUCGUCGUGUCAAGCCCGUCACUUCCGCAGGUUUCCUCUUCACUCGCCGCGGUGGAUGGUCCAGCGCCGAACUCGUCCAUAGACGAGAGGACACCCACCCGCAGUGCCACGGACGGCUCACAGAGCAGCGAGCUAUUAGAUGACGUCACCAUGCUGGAGAUGACCACUGCUGACCUUCCAUCGCAUGGCUCCGGUCAGAAAGAGUCCGUCUUCAUGAGACUCAACAAUCGCAUUAAAGUCCUGGAGAUGAACAUGUCGCUCAGCGGACGAUACCUGGAGCAGCUGAGCCAGAGGUACAGGAGACAGAUGGAGGACAUGCAGAGAGCUUUUAACCAAACACUCCAAACACUGCAGAAUACCUCCAGAAUAGCAGAGGAACAGGACCUGAAACAGACGGAGUCUAUCCAGACACUACACACUCAGCUGGAAAACGUCUCUCACCUCGUUCUUCUUUUAUCUGUCAGUGUGAGUCAACUACAGACCCAGGUGUCUGACAGGCAGAGCUACAUUGUGUCGUGUCUGGUGCUUUGUGUUUUUCUGGGAAUUCUCAUUUGUUUGAACCACCGUCAGAUGUUGGAUGAGGUUUCUCCGCUUGAGUCGGACACAUCUUACUGUCCGGACAGAAAUGUUGGUGCUUGUUAUGAAGAUGCGACUGUGAGACGCAGAGCUUCAGACCCACUUUCACUGUCAUCAUUCCAGAUUUCUGCAGCAGGUGUUGAAGAAACUAACAGUCAGGUACACUCUCCAGUUAGUAUAAAGAAUACACAUGAUUGUAAAUUUAAGAAGAGUUCAGAGGAUCUCUGCAGUUCAGGUGUAGAUGUUACUCCUCAUUCACUGGACCUGAAACUCAUGAGUACUGAUCCAGGAUCUGGAGAUAUGUUGUCAGAUGUCAGUUCUGAGAGCUCCUCGCAGUCUGAUGACGCUCUCUUCUGUGGGAUUUCUACCUGCGUUCGUCUCUGUGAGGCUUUACCAUCACCCAAACCCUGGACACAAAAGACAAGAGACUCGCAGCAGCAGUACAUUACAGUGGAACAUCUGCAUCUGACUACACAGUGCAGUGGCCCGACGCCAGUAAAUCAACACCAGAACUGAACCUCCAUAUAUAACUUCCAUUCCCUGUUAUUUGAGGUUCUGUAUGAAGCUACACAGUUUUUUUUUUGAUAAUGCACUGCUGGCCUUGAGACAAUCACAAAUAAAACGAUCUACUUAAAAUCA